AUGGAUAAAAUCGAUCAACUCAAGAAAAACAGAGACUUGUUACAGGAAGCCUUGGACACCGGUUUCGAACAGGCAAAUGCCGUGAUUGAAAAGGAGUCACCAACGAAAUUCGAACUGUCAAAAGUUGAAGCAUGUUCAACAGAAAUCGACGAAACGUUCGUCAAGUUACAAAGUCUGAACGUGGAAAUAGCGAAACUAGUUACAAAACAGAAGGAAGAUGACCUAACCAAAGAGGAAAUCUUACAAACGAAACAGAGGAAUAUAGACAAUCGAACCAAACUAGUGCACGUGAGUAAGUUUGUAGAAUUACAGUCCAAGAAAACGGUCGCAAAGCCAGCGACAGUCGACGCGCCAGCCGCGUCAGUACCCAAAACAGCGCAACUGCCAAAGUUGAAAUUACCGACAUUCGACGGGUCUUACACAUCAUGGAAAUCCUUUUGGGACACGAUUGAAGCAGAUGUUCUCAGUGCUAACUAUGCGGAUAUCACGAAAUACAAUUAUAUCAAGGGACAGUUAACGGGCUCAGCGACAGACGCUGUUGCUGGUCUUCAAGCUUCGGGGGAAAACCUGAAAGUACUGGUAGAAAUCUUGAAAGAACGUUUCGGACAACCCCGAAAAAUCAUUCGAUCACAUGUGAAUAACCUCUUAGAAAUGCCAGGGCCUGCAGGACAUUAUAAUGCUCUCCGGGAAUUCCACAACCGAGUAAUGGGGGACAUACGGUCCCUAGAAAACCUCAACGUCGAUAUCUACAAAUGCGCUCCGUUUAUUGUACCAAUCAUCGAAAAGAAGUUACCGAAAUUCUUCCAGGAAAAAAAUGGGAACCUCAGGGCCACAGGAUGCUUUUGA